CUGCGCUCCGUGCUCGCCUUCGACGUCUUUUGCGGCCCUCUCGACAUUUUCGAGCAGCAGCGAUUCGGUUUCAAAUCCGUCGCGCUCUCCUCACAGGAGACCACUGAUCUUAAACACUGUCUCGAGCUCUGCUGCUCUGUUCUCAGUGAGUCUUUCAGCAGUUUUUUUUCCUGA